UCUGCAGUACAACAAAUGCUUGCCAUGCCAGCGGCACUCUGAGUGUUCAGGGGCAAAGUUAUGGAUGUUGAGGAUGGCAGACAUUUCCGCAACGUCAUGGACGACAACCAUCCACCUGCUGAUUGGGAGGCAAAGCUUCUCCGGGCAAUCACAGAUGGAACAGUAGAUCUGCUGCAAGCCAGCCACAGCAAGGGCAGUGUCUACACAGGAGCGGCUGGGGUUGCCUACGUGCUUCUUGACUUGGCAACCUCAGGCUUGCACGAAGAUCCUCCAGCUGCCUGUCGGGAAGCAUUGCGCAGACUGGAAGAGGCAGAAGCAGCAUGUGAUCCCCGGCGGGUGACGCUUUUAGAAGGACAAGCGGGCUGCGUAGCUCUGAAGGCCUGGGCUCACAACGUCCUUGAGCAGCAUGCUUUGGAAGAGCAAUGCAUCAGGAGACUCUCUCAACUUGCUGACCGUGCUACUGCUCUGCCGGACGGUGAGUGCGAAGUGCUGUAUGGCCGAUGUGGUUUUCUUGGCGCAGUACUUCUUGUGCGGCAGCGCUUGGAGGAUCCAAGAUUGCUGGCAGCUCCCGCUGCAGAAUUGGUGCGGCAAGUCAUCACGACAGGACAGCGGCAAGCAAGGGAUGGCUGGCCAUUGUACUACGAAUGGCACGAAAAAUGCUACCUGGGAGCUGCCCAUGGUAUAGCUGGCAUCCUUCACACCUUGCUGCAACUUCCAGCUGAACUGGCCUUGGCCGGAUCUGACGCUGCAAAUCUGGUUCGUACCACUGCAGAGAAGCUGAUGGACUGCCGCUUCAGAAGCGGCAACUUACCUUCAUCUCUGGGAAACAGCAAGGAUCGACUGGUCCAAUUCUGUCAUGGAGCAACGGGGAUGGUCUCUUUGGCCCUGCGUUUGUCAACAGACUCCAAGGAUUCUCACCACAAGGAGCUCGCACAACAAUUUGGCCAAACUGUUUGGAUCCGGGGCUUGCUGCGAAAGGGUUUGGGCCUUUGCCAUGGAAUUCCUGGCAAUGGCUUUGCCUUGCUGAAGCUUCACCCAGGAGAGCUGUGGCUGAAUCGCGCGCUGCACUUUGCGGUGUUUGCUAUUGAGCACAAAGACGACCUUCUCCCUGAAGCAGACAGACCUUAUUCGUUGUUUGAGGCUGGUGACUCCCAUGUCUUACCCGAUCAACCACUGCUCCACGAAAAACCGCCAGGGUCUGGCGGGUGCUGUGUGCUUUUGGGUCGCCGCAUUGAAAGCUGCUAGGGGGAGCUCUGUGAACUUUCCCUGUUACGAAUUCUUGUGACAGCAAUGAGCAGAACCAUCUCCUGAGCUUCAGAUAGCCAAAGUGUUAGAGGCUGUGCAUUGCCAAGCUGCACUGACAAAAACAGGCACAGGAGCAUGUUUGUCCCGCGACCACGAAAAA